AUGAGCUACGGAUACGACAGGAACCCGUCUUACGGGAACAACCAGUACGAGAUGUCGGAGGUGAAUAGCUCUCAGGACACGAGCGACACUCUUGCCUUCUUCAAGGAGGUCGAGGAUAUCAAGCGCAACUUGGUACAAUAUGACGAUAAUAUUGAGCGUAUUGAGGGUCUGCACAAGCGUUCUCUUGCUGAGACCGAUGCUGAGAAUGACGAGUUCGUUCAGAAGCAGAUUGACAGCCUGGCCGGCGAGACCAAACAACUGGCCGAGACCCUGAAAUACCGUAUCAAGACGCUGGAGUCGAAAUCCAUGCGUAACCCCACCAAAAAGACCCAGGCCGAAGAUCUCAAACGCCAGUUCAUGAGACUUAUCCAAAAGUAUUCUGCUACCGAAGCCACUUUCAAGAACCGCUAUCGUGAUGCCGCGGCGCGACAGUACCGUAUUGUUCGUCCCGAGGCCACUGAGGCUGAGGUUGCUCAAGCUUUGGACUCUGGCGAGACCCAGGUUUUCCAACAGGCACUGUUGCAGUCUGAUCGCCGCGGUCAGGCCCGCACUGCUUUGAGCGAGGUUCAGGCACGUCAUCGCGAAAUUCAGCAGAUUGAGCGCACCAUGGCCGAGCUGGCGCAGCUCUUCCACGAUAUGGAGGUUCUUGUUGCCGAACAGGACGAGCAAGUCACUACCAUUGACCAACAGGCUGGCCAGGCCCAGCACGAUAUCGAGGCCGGUGUCGCUCAUCAAAAUCAAGCUAUUAUCAAGGCUAAGAAGUGGCGCAAGAAGAAGUGGUGGUGCUUUAUCAUUAUUUUCAUUAUUUGUGCUAUUCUGGCCAUUGUUUUGGGCUCUUACUUCGGCACCAGAUAA